GGCAGAUUCUCAGAGAUGGCAAUGUGCGGGACGAGAUGACAUUUGAUGAACCAAAAGAAUCCAGUGGGCAAUUAAUUAAAACACUCGACAGCUGCAAACUCUUCCGUCCUCCCCUGAAAACAGCAACAGCAACGGUAGUCAGGCUAUUCGCCCACAGCUGUUGACCCCGGUGUGAAGAAGAGAUACGCACACAGGGUCCACUGCACACAGAAAGGUGAUUGUCCUCUCGGUCUGCAGCUGAAGCCCUGUAUGAUGAACAUGGAUGUGGUAGUCGGUGGAAUAUUAGACCCGAACAACAACAACACCUAUGACUUUAACUACAGUGACUAUAUGUAUGAAGAGGACACUGAGACAAGAGCCAGUAAAGCGGUGUUUAUCCCGGUUCUGUACUCUGUGGAGCUGGUCAUAGGUUUUCUGGGAAAUGGACUACUCCUGGCCGUUCUGGCUCAGAAGAGGCGAUCCUGGAGUAUAUCAGACACCUUCAUCCUCAACCUGAGUGUUGCUGACAUUCUGCUGCUAGCGACGCUGCCCUUCCGGGCUGCACAGGCCACUCAACAAUGUGGAUGGUGCUUUUGGGGUUUUCUCUGCAAGAUCUGUGGAGCUGUCUUUAAUAUCAAUUUUUACUGUGGGAUCUUUCUGCUGGUUUGCAUCAGUCUGGAUCGCUACCUGUCCAUCGUCCAUGCCACCCAGCUGUACUCCCAGAAGAAGCCCAGGUUAGCUCAUAUCAGCUGCCUGUCGGUCUGGCUCGUCUCCCUGAUCCUCACCAUCCCUCACUGGAUUUUCCUGGAGGCGACGAAAGAUGAGUGCGUUCACAGCUACACUGACUGGAAGCUUGCAUCACGCCUGCUCCACCACACGCUGGGCUUCCUGCUGCCCGCAGUCACCCUGAUCAUCUGCUGCUCCUGUAUCCUGCUGCAGCUGAAGCGAAGCGCUGAAGGCCUCCAGAAGCAGAGGGCCAUCAUGGUCAUCCUGCCCCUGGUAGUGGCCUUCUUUCUCUGCUGGAUGCCAUACAACAUCACACUAAUUGUGGACACCAUCAUGAACAGCGCUAAGAAACCUGAUAUUGUUUUAUCUGGAAAUCCUCAACGUUCCCUGAAAAAAGCUCUGAUGGUCACAUCUGGUCUGGGCUGCAUGCACGCCUGCCUCAGGCCUCUGCUCUAUCUCGGCCUGUGUGGAAACUUCAGGAAACGGACGCUGGCAAUGUUGAAACGUACUACAGUUGAAUCUGAGAGCUCGCUGUGGGAGUUGGGUGUGGGCGAGGAGGCCCCGCCUGACCAGAGUCGCGAGGAGCAAGAGGCGAUGACAAGUGUAGAUCACCAGAUGCCGUCAAGUCAGUGUUGAAUAAUGGACAAAACUGCCAUCCUGUGACUUAGAAGUGAACUGAAUAGUGCUCCACCCCUUAGGGGUGUUUAGUGUGAGGUUGUGUCAUGGGUUCAAGGAAUGCAUUAGUUUAUGAUGAGAUCAGGAUUAGAACUAGAUAUUUAUAAAGAAUGACUCAUUCGCAUUGCACUUUAAUGUGAAGGUUUCCGAACCACAUCAUGGUGACAUAUACUGUUGUACUUUUAUUUUGUAAUCACCGUUGCACAACUUUAUCUUGUCACCCUAAGUCAUGAGUUUUUAAUUAAAUUGUAGAUCUCUGUUAUUUCUAUUUUUUUAUAUUUUUAUCGUGUAUCAUUAUUAUUAUUAUUAUUAUUAUCAUUAUUGAAAGCAAACUAUUUUGUAUAUAAUAAAAACAAACAUUGUGUCAAUUAACAAUUGUCAGCUGUUACAAUCAUCAUAAAGCUAAUAAUUGGCAGAAAAAUAAGCUCUUGUCAAAAGAAUAUAUUAUACCUUGUCAGUGUUUGUUGUGAUCUGCCAUAAAACAGUCCGACAAAGUUUAUAACUUCAUUGCUGAUAACACAAACUGUUUCACUUUUCAUUUUGUCUUCUCUUGUUAUCUUCAGGCAGUAGAGACUGUGUGGAUUCCACGAUUGCGCAGUAAGUGUGUGUAACCACAGUGCAGUGAGGGAAUUUCCCGUUGGAGAAUCCCACCGCCUCAUUUGUUUUUGACUUCAUUGUUGCAACAUGGAUAUGUGGGCUGUUGAACACAGGAUGUCACAAACAGCUUGUGAUGCCUUCAGUCAGGUGACAGAGAGCGAGACAGAGGAGGAGGAGGAGACAAAGCUCUCUGCUGGUGCUGCAGCCUUUUCAUAGCUCUCUGUUUACUCUCAUCUAAAGACUUGUCUUGUUUGUUCGGUGGAGAGAGAACAGUGGCAUGCUUUAUGCGUAAGGGAAAUUUACUGGGGAGAAAAGAGUGUAGGUGGCAAAUGAAGAAAAGAAGAGAGGAAUUAGAAAAGAUAAUAUCUUAUUUUAAAAGAUUACAGUGCUUGUUGUGCUGAGCACUUCAUUUGUAGUUUCAUUUCCACGCUGCUGUGCAGGUUUUGGCCUGCCUGCAAUGCUUCAUUUCUGCACUCAAGGCAAGAUAAUCAUGUUAAUGUAACCUGAAAUAAAAUAUACUUUCACAACUGGGUGUUCUUUAAAAAAACUCAAUGUACUCUAAUUUCACACAAUAAAUAAACAGUUUCGUUCCUCUCAGGCA